AUGGCAGGUAAAAAUAAAAAAUCUAAAUCUGAUUCAUUACCUUUAGAUUUAGAUAAUAUUAAACCAAUGGAUCAUUUACAAGCAAUUCCUAAAUCAAGAUCUUCAUCAAUUACAUCAAUUGAAUCUUCUGAUGGUGAAUUAUCACAAGUUUUGCAACCUCCACCAAUUAAAGAAUUUGAUGAUUUAGAACAAUUUGAAGCAUUUAUUAGAGAUGAAACUUGGGAUAAUGAUUUUGAUUAUUGUCACGGUAAAUUACAUUAUUAUCCUCCAUUUGUUUUAAAAUCUUGUCAAUCAAAUACUGAAAAAAUUAAAGAUACAAUGAAUAAAAAUUCCAAAAAAUUUAGAAGAGAUUUACAACAUCAUAUUAAAAAACAUUUAAUUAAAGAUUUAGAAAAAUGUUGUGGUUAUGAAUUGAAUUUUGAUAAAGGUGAAAUUAUUGAAACUCCAAAUAAAUUAACUUGGAAAUUUAAAGAUUAUACUGAUCAUGGUUUUUCAAAAGAAGAAGAAGAUUUAUAUAAUCGUCAUUGGCAUUUAGAAUUGGAUGUUAGUUGUACAAAUGAUUCUGCUAUGGUUGACGUUGAAUAUAAAUCAACUCCUGUAAUGUAA